CAGCACACCCAACAUUUUCACUCACUGAAAUUUAUUGAGUGAACUUAUUGUAAUAUUUACUGGAUGAUUUUUUAAGCCUCCAUCUGCAUUAUCCAUGAGCUGCGACUUGAAGGACGAUCUCAGGCGCUUCCUGCACUGGGGUCCUAUAACACUUUUCAGUCUCACCUUAUUUGUCACAUGGACGGUGAUCGAAAUGAAUUCCAUGUGGUGGGCUCCUGGCGAAACUUUUGGAUCCGUGUUGAAUUACUCAAUGAUCUGGUUUCUCACCUUUGGCACCUUGCACCACUUCGUGAAGUCUUUAAUAGUGGGUCCUGGAUUUAUCCCACUCGAAUGGCAUCCGGAAAGUGUCAAGGAUACUAAGUUCCUUCAGUUUUGCCUCCGCUGUGAGGGUUACAAGCCUCCCAGAUCGCAUCACUGUCGUCGUUGUGAUCGAUGUGUCAUGAAGAUGGAUCAUCAUUGCCCCUGGAUAAAUACAUGUGUCGGCCAUUUAAAUCAGGACAGCUUUAUCUACUUUCUACUCUUUUUCCUAGCGGCCAGCAUUCAUGGCGGUUUUAUAAUAGUAUCUGCCGUAAUUCGAGGAUUAUCCAAACGCUGGUUGAUCAGAAAAGGAUUUCAACAUUUGGCCACGGUUCAUUUGACUUAUUUAAAUCUAAUGGCCUGUAUGUUAAGUUUUGGCAUAACCACUGGAGCAGGAUUGGCCUGUAUUAAGUUGCUUUACAUGCAGAUUAAGGAGGUCUUAAAGAACCAGACUGAAAUCGAGAGUUGGAUAGUGAAGAAGGCCGUUUUUCGUCGCAACGCAUAUCCUGGCAAUCGAAUUAAGCCAUUUGUUUUUCCCUACAAUCUUGGCUGGCGGGAAAACCUACGUGAAGUCUUUUGGGAUAAUGGCGAUGGCAUAUCUUGGCCAGUUUUACCAGGCUGUAAUCAAUAUACGCUCACUCGGGAACAACUGGAGCAGAAAAAGGAUAAAAGAGCUCGUACUCGCCUAUACAAAUGCAUUCGUCCUGCAACUGGCCAUUGGGUUCCCAUUUUCUCCCAGGGUCUCUGGAUUUCCCUUAAAAUACCUUGCACUGAUGAUCCCCGCAUUAUCCUGGACACUGACGAUCUUAUACAGGUGACUCGCAUUAGUGACUAUUGGCUUUAUGGUGAGAGGAUAAUCUCAGAGGAGGAGAAGGAAAGAGGACUCAGAAGAAAAGGUGCCAUUAGAGGUUGGUUUCCAGCCCGUUGUGCCAUUGAAAUAAUUAACGAAGAAUUUGAGAAAGAGGAGGAAAUGGAUUAUAUGCCAGCAGGAGAACCCUUUCCGAAAAAAGAAGUAUUAAAUAUUAAAUCUGGUGAUGCAAAAGAAAAGAAAACUAACGAAGAAACCACUAAAAAUCACAGGAUCUUCCAAGCUCCCAGUUCAGAUGGAAAACCCAGAAAGCGCCUGCGUGUAAAAUAAAGGGCAUUUAACUUAUCGACUUUAAUACAAGAAACAAAUCCCCGACAUAUGCCGCAAUAAAAUUGCUUUGGUCAACCGACGCAUUAAUCUCUUAA